GAGUCCAUAGAGGCAGGGCAUAAUUGCUUUCAUCCCACCAGGAGUAGUGUGGCCUCAGUCAGCCAAGGUUCUUCCAAGAGUGAUGAACCGCCCACUUUUUGGCUAGGCUGUGAAAUCUGGGGUGAGCAAAUGUCGAGAGAUGAGCAGGCGAAGAGGGGUGGAAAAGGAACGGCAAGACCCAGCUCGAAAACGUCUUACGUCUCUGCCAGUCUCCGGCAGUUUCUGAAGUCAUACGAAAGACAUUGUGUGGAAAGUGAGAGCUGCAUCAGUCCCUCUGUGAGGCGAGAUGUCCUGCGAUGCAUCGAGAAGGAGAAAAACAUGACUAAGAUCACACUCACCUUCCCGGAGAACACACCCGGGACUCACGUGUCCCCCAGCCUUUGGCCCCUCCUCCAAGCGGUGCGGGACACACGCUACACACACGGGCGCGAGCUGACCGUCUGGGACCUAUCACCAAGACAACAGGACGUCGCCGAUCUAUGCCUCCUGCUGGAGAAGCGGGGUAGGACGGAGUACCCUUUCAGACAGCUGGGGCUGCUGGACUGCAGACUGGACGUCUGGUCCCUGGGGCGGCUGGGUCGGGCUGUGGCACUCAGCUCCCUUACAGUCCUCUGUCUGGACUAUACCCCUGUUGGAGAGGAAGGAGUGAGAGCACUACUGUGUGGCCUAGAGGGGGACAACCAUGUCCUUUCCCUGAGUUUGUGUUACUGUUCCCUGGGCCCAAGCAGUGGAACUCUGUUGGGUGCCCUGGUCUCGAGGAGUGCUGUCAGCCUUGGAUAUCUCACCUCUUUACCCAGAGAUCUGUAUGUCAAUGGCAAUGACCUGCAGUGUGGGGGCGCCACUGAGCUGGUGGACGUGCUGGUGAAACACGCAGAGCGCCUCGCCCUGGAGGAGCCCAGCACCCUUGCAGCUGACCCAACAGGCAUUACCAACUCAAAGCCACUGAGGAGCAGUACGGCAUCUUCAAAGGGAAAAAAGAGAAAGAGAAAAGGGAAGAAGAGGAAGUCUGUAACCACACCUGCAGAAAUUGGGCCUUGGCUGGAGAAGCUUCACCUCUCAGACAAUGCUAUCGACACGUUUGGCCUGGGAAGGACUGUUACAGCGAUGAGCUUCACACAAACAAUCUGCUUGUUGAUCAAGCUCUCAACUCACCUGGUGGAGCUGGACCUCAGUGAGAACCACAUUGGGGAUGAGAACGGAAAACUGCUUCUGGAGGCCCUGCAGGACAGGAGAGCGGGUGAAAAGACAGUGUUAAAAGUCAAAGUUACCACCCAGAUGAGUGCAGACACAUUUGCUGCCAUCUUGAAGAAUUCCAAGAAACUGAAGUCUGUGAAAAAGAAAAAGAAAAAAAAGGCACAAAAAUGAGGAUUUUCAUCUCUGGAAGGAAGUCAAUCUGAACUGACAAAAGAGUUGACAUUAAUGCAGGACAUAAAUUGCACAUGUAUGUGGAAUUCAUGAAUAAUGUAAAUAUUGGAACACAGCUGGAUUUUAGGCCCUUUCACACUUGCCUUUUUGUGUGACAUAUCCUAUUUCUUGACAAACACCUUACAUUAAACACAAGAAAUUGGAUAUUAAAUGUAUACUAUGCAGGAUUGUUUAGCCUUUGUUUACAAUCAAGUAGGUCUCCUCCUCCUCCUUCAACCUCGCCCACUCACCCCUGAGUGUCCUACACUAUACAUCUGCCAACCCAAAAUCUUCCAGGCCUCUUUGAGCAUGCUGUGCAAAGUGGAAACAAAAAUGAUAUGAAUAGAUGCCCUGGGUUGAAAUCCUUUCAUCUACACUCUACAGUAACAACCAUUAAUUUGCAGUGGAACAUUCUCUGGCCAUAACACUGUAGCAACUGCAAUCAUGGCUUGCUGCCACUGGCCAUAAAUCAGGGCACAUUAGGAAUUCAGCAAAGUUCAAAUUCUCAUUGUUUCACUUUUGAGACACUGCUCACAUUCCUCAGCAUAAUGUUCAGAAUUUCCCUCCAGAACUCCAUUUCACAAAUUCAGAUUACCCCAGGAUGUGAGAGGGCCUCAAGAUCGCUCGGCUAGCAGUGGUGUGUAGGUGAAUGCCAGAAAAUAGUGUUUUAGUUAAAGGUUUUAUUAAUGAAA